GUAAAUCAGGAGCUGAUCAGGAGCUGCAGUCAGCCCAAUGGGCGUCAGUAAUAGACGCUAGCUCUGCAGUACAUCAAAUGCUAACAUUAAAACAAGAGAGGACAUCUUUGUUCACAGUCAGCGCUGUUUGUGAAGCGUAUUCAAAGAGGUUUAAGAGAUGAAGUCACUGACUCUGCAGCAGGCCGAUGUGGCCCAAGGAGGACACCAGCAGACAUGUGGGAGAAGUUUGACCUCCAACUAUGCUCCUCCAAGUCUGGAGAACAAGCUCCUCACUCAGACCUCUGCACUCUUACCCCCACUUUCAAACCUUGCACUGCAGCCUUCUUCAUGCCCCGCUCUGCAGCCCUCCCACCUGUCUUCCACCUCAUCAUCCCUCCUUUCUACUUCCUUUUUCUCACCUUCCUUCACCUCUCCUCUCCUCAGCACUGAGAACAAGCUUCUUAAAAGCCAAUCACCUCUUCCCUCUUCUUCCCUGACCUCCUUUUUAUCUGGGCCCAAAGACUCCCUGCUCCAAACGUCCCAUCCCAGCUGUCCUGUUGCUCAUCCUCCUUCACUCAUCACUGGUGUUUUGGGUGGAGAAGAGAAAAGUGAAGAUGGAGGGGAUGAAGGGAAGGAGGAAACAUCUGAAAUGAUGCCGUUCCCUUUUGAAGACACAAGUUUGACACAUUCUGAAGAAGAGUCUUCUUCUGAAGAGGAGUAUGGGGAGGAAGAUGAUGUUGGAUCACCCAUGGAAAUAGCUGUCCUAGGAACAGAUCUGGGCAACCAGGAACUGGAUCAAGAUUUGGUCAUCAAACAGGAGGAAUUCACGAUUGUUGAAAGGGGAAAUGAGGAGACAGAAGAGAAGCUGAAGGAUAAAAAAUAUCGCCUGUUGAAUGCUGUGUGUUGCUCUCUGAUCAGCAAGAGCACAAACCCAGGAGAGUCAGCCUGGAACGCAGAGCACGGUGUUUGGACCAGGAUCAUGAACCUGGCAAAAGACAUUUCUGUCUCUGACCCACAGUUUCUUCUCAAGGUAGCGGUUUAUACCCGGCAGGAGUUGAACAUCCGCAUCACGGCCAACUUCUUAUUGGCUCUGGCCGCCAGUCUGCCAUCCACCAAGUUGCAUUUCCGUAGAUACUUCUGUUCUGCUGUUCAGCUGCCUUCAGACUGGCUGGAAGUUGUCAGAAUCUACAGUAAAUGCUUCAGCCACUCCCUGCCGAUGUGCCUGAAGAAUGCAAUGGCGGACAAGUUUAAGCAGUUUAACGAGUACCAGCUGGCUAAAUACAACACACGCAAACACCGCUGUAAACACAGCCGUAACAGGCCCAAAGCCAAGAAACCAACCGCUCAGCAGCUUCAUCACUGGGCAAGCCUGCUGCGAUCAAAUAAAACUAUUCUGGAAAAGUUUUUACAGGUGGAGGGCAGCAAAGCAGACAGCAAAGUGGUGGUGGAUAAAAAGCAGAGUGAGUUCAGUAUAAAGAAAAUGAUCAAGAGGCUUCAUAUUAAAGAACCGGCUGAACACGUUAUGGCCAUCCUGGGAAAAAAGUAUCCUGCUGACCCGAAGACGUUCAUGAGCAGUGGAAUAAAGGGUGUGUGGGAUAGGGAGCGAGCCGGGCAGAGGAUGAAGCUCAAAGAGCCGGAAACGUGGGAGCGGCUGCUCAGUUUGGAAGGAAACAAGGCUGCUACCUGGGAGAAGCUCAUAGACAACAAGUCUCUUCCAUUCAUGGCGAUGCUGAGGAACCUGAGGAACAUGAUCAUUAAAGGCAUCAGUAAGGCUCAUCAUGAGAAGAUCCUCAACAGACUCACCAACAAGAAAGCUGUUAUCGAGAGUCGGCAGUUUCCUUUCAGAUUUCUCACUGCUUAUAAAGUCAUCCUGCAGCUUCGAACUCUGGCCUCAGCAGCUCAGCAGGCCAUCCCUCCUGUUCAUGAGAUCCUGAAGGACAUCCUGAGAAAGAUUCCCAAAAGCAAGCAAUUCAGACGUAUGGACUGGGAGUCUACUGAAAGGAGCAGGAUAAGGGUGACACGUGGGGUGCCUUUUCUCUACCGACAGUAUCGACUCAGGAAGGCCCAGCUUAUAAAAGCCAAUGAGCGGCUGUUCUCCGUUGAACUGUUGGACCGUUACUGCAGAGCUCUGGAGACGGCCGUGCAGAUCUCCUGUCGCUACAACAUUCCCCCGCUCCCUGGACGGACUGUCAUCCUUCUCAACGCACACAUGAACACCAAUGUGGACUUGAAAGGGGACCAGGACUUCUGCCUGCCACCAGACCCCGACCAGGAAGAGGAGGAAGAAGAGACAGAAGAAGUGAGCGAGAGAAGAAGGAAGAAGAAAAAGCAGGAUGAGAAUCUGACUCCAUCUGCUGAAGAGAUCGGAGUUUUGCUCUCUCUGAUGAUCUGCAGCAGUGCUGAGGACGCCCAGCUUGGCUUGUUUAAUUGGUAUACCACUAAAGAAGUCAAACUUCAGUCUGAUGUUCUUCUGGAAAAUGUCAGGGCUGUGAUGAAACAAAUAAAGGUAUUUGGAGAGUCAUCCCCCACCACUGACAGAAAUUUUCACUCAAAAGUCUUAACCAGCAAAAACAAGCCUGACAACAUCAUCAUAGUGACUGACUACUGGGUCAAUAGUGAAAUCCAGUGGUACAUGAAGUGCUACCGGAAGGAAGUAAAUAACAAAGCCCUCUUGGUGAAGAUCUCCUUUGCAGAAAGAUACAAAGAGUUUUCUCCUGACAGGAACAUUGUAAACCUGGAUGGCUUCAGUGAACAAAUGCUCAGGUUUGUGGCUGAGCGAGGAUCUUUCAGGCUGCUGGACCACGUGGAGCAUAUAGAUAAACUGUACAACAUCCCAGCACUAAAGGGAGCCAAAGGCCCCCAAGCAUCAGAUAACAUCGUCCCAGUACCACCAAGCCCCAGAUUAAGGUGGCAAAGCAUCCGUGUCUUUAUCUCCUCCACCUUCAGAGACAUGCACGCCGAGCGCGACAUCCUGGUGCGGAGCGUGUUCCCAGAGCUCAGGCGCCGUGCCGCACAGCACUGCCUCUACCUGCAGGAGGUGGAGCUGCGUUGGGGAGUGACAGAGGAGGAGUCAGAGCGAGCCGCAGAGCUGUGCCUUUCGGAGGUUUGUCGCAGUCAGAUGAUGGUGGGCAUCCUGGGAGAGAGGUACGGCCUGGUCCCUCCGAAACCUGACCUUCCUGACCUGCCACAGUACAGCUGGCUUUCUUCAGCCCCAGCAGGCCUGUCCAUCUCAGAGAUGGAGAUCCGUCAGUUCAAGGCUCUUUACCCCGACAAUGCCAACCAGCGAAUGUUCUGCUACUUCAGAGAUCCAAACAUCACCAAAUCAGUGCCGGUGGCGUGGAGAUCUCACUUUGCUCCCGAAUCUAAGGAGGCCGAGUCUAAAAUGUCCUCUCUGAAGAAAAUGAUCCGGGACAGUAAAGUCAAGGUCAUGGAGGAUUACCCUUGUGAGUGGGGAGGCAUUGUGGAGGGAAAACCAUAUCUGAAAAACCUGGAGGACUUUGGUAAAGCUGUGCUGGAAGACCUGUGGACGGCUAUUUUAAAGCAGUUUGUGAACGAAAAAAAGGAUGCUGAGGCUGUGUCUGAGAUGAAAGAACAAGAGGUUCACCAGGGGGCGCUGCAGAGGCAGUUCUUUGGCAGGCAGAAGCUGCUCACUGCAGCUGUGGAGAUGGUGGAGCAGGUCCGGACAAAAGGAGGGAUGAUGGUGGUGGAGGGAGGACCAGGAGAGGGCAAAACCAUCUUCAUGGCUGCUCUGGCACAGACCCUCAGGACCGGAGAGAAGUCCAAGAAAAACCUCACCUGUGAUGUCAUCUCCUACUCCACAGCUGCCAGCCAAUCGGCUAAAUCUGUGGAAAAUCUGCUCCAGUGUCUCGUUCAGUGGUUGAAGAAGAAGAAAGAGACCAAGGAGGAGGGAACACCUCUGGCCAGUUCUUACAAGGAUUUGCUGUCAGAGUUUCACUCCAGUUUAAAUGACAUGGAGAAGAAAACUCCUCUUGUUCUUCUGGUUGAUGGCGUGGAUCUAGUCCAAGACGGCAGAGGUCAGCUAUGCUCUGACUGGAUACCACAGCAGCUUCCUCAGAAUGUUUGUUUGGUUGUGAGCAUCACAUCCAAAGCAGCUCUUCUACAGACUCUGGCCAAGAAAAGAGGCAGCAUCCUGUUUACUCUGGGUCAGCUCACCAUGCUGGACAGAAAGGAGAUCGUUCAGAAGGGACUAGACUCCUUUGGCAAGAGACUCAGUGACUCUGCAUUCAACAACCAGCUCCAGAUUCUGGUAAUGAAGAAAGGAGCUGUGAGCCCUCUCUACCUGCAGCUGGCCUGUGAAGACUUGAGGAACUUUGCCUCCUUUGACAAGUUGAAGGAGAGCCUCCAGGACUUGCCUCAGUCUCUGAGUCAGCUGGUGCAGUACAGCCUGGACAGACUCUGCUCACAGUACAGAGGCAUGCUGGGACUCCGCUGGGCCUUGGCAGCGUUAACUGUCAGCACCACUGGUCUGAGAGAGAAAGAUUUCUGCUCUGUCCUGAACACAUGCAAUGAGCUGUCUUCAGGUGAUGGACAAGCCGCAUGGAAGGAAGUACUUCAUCUUUCCAGGUCACCUAAGGGACGCAUUCCCAUGGCAACUUUCACCCGAGUAGUGCAGAGCUUACAGAGUCUGAUGGGUUCAUCUCAUUGCCACAACACCGACGACCUGCUGGCUCUGACUAAUUCAGAGGUAAAGAGGGCCUUUGAGGACUUUCUUCUCCCAACAGAGAGCGACAGAGCCAAAGCUCACCUUGUUCUGGCAGCUCAUCUGUGGGCUCUAGCUGACCCACAGGGUUCAAACACCUUCCUGCACUGUGAGGCCAACUCUGUCAUGCACCUGCCUUCAAGCCUGAUUCAAAGUGGUCAAGUGGAGGCGCUUCAAUCCCUCCUCUCCAGCUACUUCUUCCUGUACGCGCAGGUGCGUCACGGCCUCCUGCACCAACUCCUGAAGACCUACAGCUUAUGUGUCGGCUCACAAGAAAGUCUAGAAGACUGCCGUAGUUUCUUGAAGCGCCACGCCCAGCUGCUCUCGUCUUGGCCGACUCUUUUCAUUCAGCAAGCUCUGAACGAGCCUCCUGAGACGUCUGCUCACAUCUGGGCGCAGGGCCUGAUGGGAAAAGAAGGGGUCAGGGUUGUCAAGUGCCUGAACAAUGAUGGUCAGGUUCAGCACGGAAGCAGUGAGUUGGUGUCAACCUUCUCCUCUGAACCAACCUGUCUAGUUAUGAGCCCUGAUAAAGAGUUGAUGGUGGUUGGGACCGGACAGGGAACGUUACAUGUCAUUAACAUAGAGACCAAACAGGAAGUGAAAUCUCUGGUGAGCAGCUGUGACGGUAUCUCCAGCUGUGUGUUUCUUAAAGAUGGCCGCCUUGCUACAACCUCCUAUGAUGGACAGAUAGAGAUCUGGGACAUCGGGAGCAGCUGCAGGACUGCUCUGAUUGAUGCCCACACUAACACGAUAACAGCGAGUGAUAUCACUGCUGAUAAGAAGAACCUCGCAACCGUGUCUCUGGACUUCAAAUUGAAAGUCUGGUCCUCGGCGAAAGGUAAUGAAGUUGCAGUCUUUCACAGCCAGAGCCCAUUGAACUGUGUGAAUUUUGACCCUGAAGGUCACCUGCUGGCUGCAGGUUGUUGGAAUGGGAAUGUGAUCAUCUGGAACUGGCUCAGGAAUAAAGUCAUAACGAGCCUGUCUGGUCACAAGCGCUCUGUUCGUAGUCUCUCCUUCGCUCCCUCCUCCUCCUCCAUGCUCUGCUCUGGCUCUGUGUGCGGAGAGGUCAGGGUGUGGUCUGUGCCCACCUCCACCUGUGUGGGAUGUUUCCAAGCUCACAGUGGAGCCACAGAGGCCCUCACCUUCCUAGAGAGAGGGAGCAUGCUGCUGAGUGCUGGAUCUGACAACAUGCUGCAGCUCUGGUCAGGAGGACUCGGACGUUCAGUUGCUGUGUUAAAAGAUGAUGUGUGUGAGCAGGAGCCUCCUCCUAAGAAACAAAAGCCAGUAUUACCUGCUCCAGCUGCUCUCUGUGUGGCUGUGAAUGGAGACUUUGCUGUUGUGGGAUAUCACAGUGACGGCAUCAAACUCUUCAAUCUAGAGACAGGGGAGAAGAUUUGGCAACCAGACUUCCUUAAUGUGACGGUGUUGAGCAUGCGGUGGGUCUAUGUGAAAACCGAGCUGACUGAAACAGAGCUGCUGGUGACUGCAGGGAGUGACAUUCGUUUGAGGAUCUGGAAGAAGAAGGACGAAGAGCUGGGGCUGCUGGGGGGUCUGUACGAGUUUGGAUUAUUUGCUUGCCAACGCUGCGUUCUUGCUAUUGAACAAAACUCAACAUACCUGGCUACAGCUUCAGUUGAUAGCACUAUUUGUCUGUGGUCACUGAGUGAGCUGGUUGAAGACCCCUGUACUGAGCCUCAGGCUGUGCUGAAUGGGCACACUGGAGGAGUCACCUGUAUGUCUUUCAGCCCUGAUGGAGGAAAGCUGCUGUCUGGAGGGAAAGAUAAGACUCUGAUAGUUUGGGAUGUGAGCGCAUCUCCUCCUGUUCUCUCUAAGUCUCUCCGUCACUCUCACAGAGACUGGAUCACCGGCUGUGUUUGGACUCCAGAGUGUGUGGUUAGCUCAUCCACCGAUGGGAGGCUUUGUUUCUGGGAUCUGCAGGCAGGCCAACGCCUUAAAGAAAUCUCCUGGACCAGUCCUCUUACGUCUGUCUGCUGUCUGGGACAGUAUGUUAUAGCUGGCUGUGCAGAAGGAGCGCUUCAUGUUUGGAACGGGGAAACAAACACAGAAGUCAGCCACAUUGCUGCACACGAGCAGCAGAUUGACCACUGCUGUGUCCUAACUCAUACAGACAAGAAUAAGGAAGUGAAGCCAGAGGAGAUGACUGUCCUCACUGCUUCUAAAGAUGGCACAGUGAAGCUCUGGAAACCACUAGAGGUUGAGCACUUCAACACCUUCCAUGGUCACAGCGGCUCCAUUCAUGGAGUUGUUCUCAAAGAAGGACUCCCAGAAUUCCUCACAUUUUCUGAAGACUGCUCACUGCGAAGCUGGACAUUGACAUCAAAGGGCCACACCAGCCAGAGAGGUCCGGUCACAGCUCUGUGCUUCUCUGACAGAGACGAUCUGCUUCUUGUUGGUUAUGAAUCUGGCUAUCUGGAAAUAUGGCAGAACAACACUGUGGUCGGCCACAAGCAGACCUCAUCCAGCUCCAUCACAGCGAUCUGCUCCAUGCCUGAUAACCAGUAUGCUGUCGGCUACACGGAUGUUGUUGUUGAUGUGUGGAAGCUGGUGUGGAAUGAACAACGCUGCACGGCAAACCUGGUGAAGGUAAAGUCAUACAACAUAGAGGGCCAUGUGAUCCACCUCAUGUACUGCUCGGUCCUGAUGGCCGUGUCACAUGAUGCAGCAGUAUUUGACGUCGCGCCCCAUGAAAAUAGAUGGUUCCACACUUGCUCAGGUUGGUCUCAUCAUGUUCAAGUAAUGGAAAUGAUCAGAAAUGAUGAAAAAAGCUUGUGGCUGGUGGGAGAAGUGGACGGACAAGUUGCGAUCGGCUUUAUUUUUGCAAUGGGCCCCAAUCAAAAUUUCAGCUCAAGUUUUGCCACAAUGACUCUGAUAACUGAUGAGGAGGAGAAGACGGAGGCUGUGAUCUCAGCUGCAACUAUGGACGGAGACUUUGUUGUAGUUGGAGAUACCAAAGGCAACAUGUGGUUCAUCCGGGCUGAGGAACCCUCAACAUGGCGCAGCAGAAUUCCUGCCCACAGUGACAGGAUCAGUGUGCUGAGACUCACUGACAUCACCAUCAUCUCAGCCUCCUAUGACAGGACAGUGAAGCUGUGGGACAGAAACACUAAGAAACAGGUGGGAAUGUUUGUGUGUGGAGCUCCUGUUCUGCAUUUAGAGGUGAACCCUAAAAAUCCCACUGAGCUGGUUUGCGGUGACGCACAGGGAAAGCUCUACAUUCUCUCCUGGAAAGGAUAAUCCUACAAAUUUUACACGCUAUAGUGCUCUGCUUACCAAAGAUUGCCUGGAAUGGUUCGCUUCCUGUUUGCUCUUACAACCCUGAAUGUCAAAUAAAUGUAUGAAAAGAAGAAAUAUAAUGGGGAAUAUUCCACUUAAUUCAUGAAUAUUUACCUAUUUAAUAGCGUUUAAGCCAUGUUUACUUGUGCCUUUCAUUUAGAUAGUUAGAAAUAAACUUGCAAAUGUAACAAGCAAGUAUAAAAAAGCCUUAACUGUUUUACAACUUUUUGUUUGAAUGGGGUCACUUUAACCGUUGAUAUUGUAAUGGGAUGAAAAUGGAGACCUUUGGAAAAAUGACACUCAAAGUGGAUUAAAAUUCACAAAACCAUGAAUCCUGCUUUCUGUGGAAUUAAAAUUAUGUUCGAGUAAGCAGU